UCGCGGGACCUGGGAGUAGGCGGAAUAUUAAAUCGGAGACAGCCAAUCCGCAAUAGAGGAGCCUGAAAGCUGUGCUUGGUCCGUCUAUCUACAACAGAGCCUGUAUGGCGAUCCAGCAGUGACGUAGUUCAGGAAUCGGGCUCAUGGUACUGUAGGCAGCGCUGGAAGAAAAUGCAGCCAAUAGGAGAGUUGUGCGCAUGCGUUCCGGGGCAUCGUGACUGUUUGUUAGCGAUCGGGAAAGGUUCGGUUGUGGAUUCCGGAAAUCGAGAUAUUUUCGUGCGAAGCUUCUGCUGCUGCAAUAAACGUGUUGGUCCUUAUGUUCCAGAAGAUUAAAGCAUUCACUUAAUUUUACGCAGUACUCUUUCAAUGGCACAUAUCAGUAUCAACCAAUAUUUGCAGCAGGUACUAGAAUCUAUUGAUAGUAGAGAAGGAUUGUUUUGUGCAGAAUUAGUGUCAUUUAAACAUCCUCAUGUUGCAAAUCCAAGACUGCAGCUUUCAUCUCCAGAAGAAAAAUGUCAACAAGUGUUGGAACCACCUUAUGAUGAGAUGUUUGCUGCUCAUUUAAGAUGUACUUAUGCAGUUGCCAACCAUGAUUUUGUAGAAGCGUAUAAAUGCCAAACAGUUGUUGUACAAUCUUUCCUGAGAGCUUUUCAAGCACACAAAGAAGAAAACUGGGCUUUGCCUAUUAUGUAUGCAGUGGCACUUGAUCUUCGAAUUUUUGCCAACAGUGCUGAUCAACAACUGGCAAAGAAAGGCAAAGGCAAAGUUGGUGACAUGUUGGAAAAAGCAGCUGAACUUCUUAUGAGCUGUUUUCGUGUAUGUGCAAGCGACACUCGAGCCAGCAUUGACGAUUCAAAAAAGUGGGGCAUGUUAUUUCUGGUGAAUCAAUUAUUUAAAAUAUAUUUUAAGAUCAAUAAACUUCACCUGUGUAAACCAUUGAUAAGAGCAAUUGAUAGCUCAAACCUUAAGGAUGAAUAUAGCAUGGCACAAAGAGUAACAUACAGAUACUAUGUUGGAAGGAAGGCCAUGUUUGAUAGUGAUUUUAAACAAGCUGAAGAGUAUCUGUCUUUUGCCUUUGAGCACUGUCACCGGUCCAGUCAGAAAAAUAAAAGAAUGAUAUUGAUUUAUUUGCUGCCAGUGAAAAUGUUACUGGGGCAUAUGCCAAUGGUCCAGCUUUUAAAAAAAUAUGACCUCAUGCAAUUUGCAGAAGUUACAAAAGCUGUGAGUGAAGGGAACCUUCUUUUAUUAAACGAUGCUCUGGCAAAACAUGAGACAUUUUUCAUUCGCUGUGGUAUCUUUCUUAUUCUUGAGAAGUUGAAAAUCAUCACCUACAGAAAUCUCUUCAAGAAAGUAUACUUGUUACUUAAAACUCACCAGCUAGCUCUAGAUGCCUUUCUGGUUGCCCUGAAAUUCAUGAAAGUCACUGAUGUCGAUAUUGAUGAAGUCCAGUGCAUUUUGGCUAAUCUCAUUUACAUGGGUCACAUUAAGGGCUAUAUAUCACAUCAGCAUCAGAAGCUUGUCGUCAGCAAGCAAAAUCCUUUCCCUCCACUUUCUACUGUAUGCUGAACUGAGAUGGAGGAAUGUUGCUCCUGGACGGGAAUUACGGUUGGAGAAGCCCUCUUUAAAAAGUGGAACAGUCUUAUAUUUAGGACAACGCAAUGGAGAACUGGCAAGGACUUGUUGAAGAGAUGGCUGCAGCACAGAAGAGAACGAAUGGCUCCAUUACUUUCUUCCACUCAAAGGAAAUGAUUGCGGUCCCCUCUCUGUAAUCUUCAAAACCGCCUUCUGGAAGGCUGUUUUCAGAAUAGGUACAGAAUGAACUGUGUAUUGUUCCAGCAGAACUUUUUUGUGGCUUUUUCUUGAUAAAAAAUCCCAAUUUGAAUAAACAGCAUUAUAUUCUGUUGAUAACCUCUGGUGAACUCAGUGUUCAUAAUGUGAUGAUAAUGUUUUCAAUUUUAAUAUUGCUAUAUAUUUUUAAAAAAUGUAAUGACCGAAUGUGUUAUCUUUCAAAGUUUAAUUAAAUGUAGAAAAUGAAAAAUAAUAGUAAAAACAGAACCCAUUUUGGGAUGUUUUACAUUUUUAAAUUUACAAUUUAAGGGUACUUUCAGUGAGACUGGCUGCUAUGUUGUUAAUUUGACUUUAGCAUCUAUAAGCAAUGUAGGGCUUUUAUUAAGCAUAUCUUUAAGUAAUUAUCUGCAGUGCUAAUACAAUGAAUUUAGUUUA